CUAUUUCACAAAAAAAAACUAAAAAGAAAUAUACCAAACGAAGUAAUCAAGUUAAGAAGAAAUUCUACUAUUUUAAUAAAUUUAAAAAACAUACAAUUAAAAAACAUGCAACCCGAUAAAUACACUGAUUUGGUAAAACAACUUGAGGAUGAAGAAUUAGAGUCCUGUAUCAGUGCUGAACAAUAUAUCCAACUCCUUGCUGCAUAUUUAUACCAGGAUGAUCUGUCAAAUGCAAAAUACCUAUGGAAACGAAUACCACAAAGUACUAAAACCGGCAACAAAGAACUUGAAAAAUUAUACACCUUGUGCUUGGCUCUGAAGAACAAUAACACCGCUGAAUUCUUCAAAGCCAUUUCCUACACUUGGUCUCCGGCUAUUAAGGAUCUCAUGACAGAUCUAGAAGAAAAAAUACGACAGGAUGUCUUUACUUUGGUUGGGAAAUCAUAUACUUAUAUCUAUGAGAAUAAGCUAAUGGAGUUAACAGCUCUUGCCCAAGAUCCAUUGAGAAAAGCAUGCGAAUCAAUGGAUUGGAAAUUAGAACAAGAUGCUCAGCAACAGUCUUUGGUUGUGCCGAAACUCAAACCUAAUGCAGAAUUAAUUAACACACCAUCUGAAGACCUUUUGUAUACCCUAACUGAAUUUGUGUCUUUCCUGGAGAAUUAAUAAUAAAAGAAGAGAAGUUUUGUUUUAUUUUGUGAAGAAGAA